GCUUUCCUGGUAGGUAGCCGAGCGGCCCACGUGUUUGGCCGCCGUGCCCGCCCAGCGUGCUCCCCUAUUGGUUGCGGCUGUCACCCUCCUCCCUCCGGGAAGACGGAGCGCUUCGGCUGCGUAGCGGGUGCUGCAGGCUCGGAGCUUCGGUAACCAGUUCCGCGCCAUGGCGUCCCAGGGUCGUCGGCGGAGGCCGCCGCGGAGGCCCGAGACGGUGGUGCCGGGGGAGGCGGCCGAGACGGACUCGGAGCUCUCUGCGUCCUCGUCGGAGGAGGAGCUGUACCUGGGCCCCUCGGGGCCGACGCGCGGCCGCCCCACGGGGCUGCGGGUGGCCGGGGAGGCCGCGGAAACCGACUCGGACUCGGAGCCGGAGCCGACCGCCGCGCCGGGGGACCUGCCUCCGCUGGUGGUGCAGCGGGACACGGCCGGGGAGGCCUGGGGCGCGGAGGAGACCCCGGCGCCGGCCCCCGCGCGCUCGCUGCUGCAGCUCCGGCUGGCCGAGAGCCAGGCGCGCGACCACGACGUGGCGGCCGCGGUGAGCGGCGUGUACCGCCGCGCGGGCCGCGACGUGGCCGCCCUGGCCAGUAGGCUUGCGGCAGCCCAGGCGGCUGGGUUGGCGGCGGCCCACAGCGUGCGCCUGGCGCGGGGGGACCUCUGCGCGCUGGCCGAGCGCCUGGACAUAGUGGCCGGCUGCCGCCUGCUCCCUGACAUCCGCGGCGUGCCGGGGACCGAACCUGAGCAAGAACCGGGACCGCGGGCCUAGCAGGAACCCACUGCCCCGCCUGACUCUUCGCCCUAGGGGUAGCCCUGAGGCCUCUGGGACCUGGUCCUGUACCCUGUGUAGCUCCCUGCGCAUCUUGUUGUCACCCUCAGGGUGAGCCUGGCCCCUGGAUAACGCUGCGUGGUGACGGGUGGGGAUGGUAAUAUAAUAGCCCUGCCCUGCCUCUAGCAUCUGGUUCCUACCCCUGGGUCCCGUCCCUGUCUGCUCCCUGGUUCCAGGCGUGUCCCUGAGGCUUGGUUCCAGCCUCUGGUAACCAGUAGCUCCUUGAUCUUUCUCCAUCGUGGGGUCUCCCGUUGCUUCACCUUUCCUUGUGCUCUGCCUUUCUUGAGUUUGGUUUCUGCUCAGGGGGCUGGUCUUGCUUCUUCCCAUAGGAGCGCCAGAAUCUGCUGCAGAUUCCAAAGCAUCUUCCUUCACUCCCUUGGCCCUGCCUCUGGUCCUGGCCCCACUCCUGGAAUUUUGUCCCCCUAGGCUGGGACCUUUUUGUGCUCCUCAGGCCUGGCCCUGGUUCCAUCUCCUAGUCCUUGUUCUGCCAGCUCCUAGCUUGCAAUUCUUGGGUUUAGCCACACCCCUUGGGCCCCAUCUUGUUUCCUGAGUCCAGCUGUACCUUUAGGAUUAGUUUUGCUUCUUUUGCCUUUCCCAUUCUGCUUAUACUAUCUACCUGAUUCUGAGCUUCAUAGACCCCCCCCCCGGGGGGCCCAUGGUUUCCUUCAUCAGGCCCAAGGUGAGGCCCCCUCCUGACACAAGGGAGCCCUCCCAGUUUUCCAGGCCUAAGAUGGCAUCUCCUCCAGACCCUCUAGACCAAGUUGUUAUGUCCCCCUCCCUCCAAACCACAAUGGCAUUUUGUAUCCAAGUUCUAGAUACAACAUGGGUCUCCUCCUGACUCUCCAGGCUGGCAUUGGCACUCUUCAGGCACUUAGGGCCUCAUACAGUCCUGCCCAGGUGCUUUGGGUGCGUUAUGACACUGAUCUGCAGAUAAGGACCACACACACCGUGUCUGUUCCCUAGCUUGGCCACUGGAGGCUACAGGGACUUGGAUUUCCGGCUCGGCUCAGGGUCUGGGGUUAGCAAAAUUUCUGUCCUCUCUUUUGUCUCCAGCCCUGGCCCCCCAGUCCCAUUCACAUUAAUCCACCUCCCCCACUUUGUAAUCCCAACCUGAAGCUGAGAUCCGAGGCCCCCCCGCCCCAUGGAGAGUUGACAGAGUGCUCCGUGCCCGUCUCAUUAAAACUCAAAACACUGACUGCUAUGGAGAAUUUGUCUUGUCUCCCCGCCUGAGUGGGGGUAGGUUCGUUGAUGAGUUCUCUGAGAAUGGGGUUCCCGAGAGAGCUUUCAUACCGGGCCUAUGAAAGGUGAAGCUGUAGCCGGGAAAUUGGAACCCCAGUUUUUUGUGCAGUUUCCACAUUUAUUCACAUUUUGUUGACUCAGCACGCAGUUACCGAGCACCUGUUCUGCGCCUGUCCUGUGCUGGGCAUUCGGGGUACGGCAGCCAGCCCAGGCCCUCACAGAGCUUACAGUCUGCUGGGGGAGACAGACGUUAAUAAACUUCUCCUAAAAAAAU